CCACCCCCUACAACUCCCAACAUGUCCGGCGAGAAGAGCGGCGUGAACGCGCCCAUGAACCAGAAGCAGAAGGAACAAGAUGUCAACAACAAGCUCCAGCUCUUUGGCAUCUACUCAGCCUUCGCCAAUGGCAAGGUCCCCUCUAACAAACAAAUUGAUGUUGCUCUCAACUCCACCUUGGCCUCAAAAGCCCUUAACUCGCCAUCCAAGAAGCUAUCUGCCGAGGGACAGGCCCUCACCAACGACCUGAAGAAUGUCAUCGAGCAGGCCAAGAACCUGGUCCUCACCAAGAACGAGGGCAACCUUCUCCAAGACUUUAUCUGGCAAACCGAGCAGAUGACCGGUGCCAAUGCUCAGGUUCCCGGCGCCCCGGUCGAUAAGGAAACCGCGCGGCAACACGGCAACGAGGCUCUUCAAGGUCUCCGCACCCUAGGCACCCUUGUCCUCUCCAACGGCCAAUUCAGGAAACUGCUCUCGGAUGCUACCAUCCUGCUCCGAGACAUAGCUGGUGAUGCGGCUCAGAAUGCUGCUAACCGGGUCAACCCCAAUGAGAACGAGCUCAGCCAGAUCGACCGUCCUGCCGAGGACAACACUUGGCACGAAGUCCCCAAUCUCUCCGCGGAGAACGCGAAGAACCAGCUCAAGCAAAAGUCUCCGUUUGGCAAGGAUGACGCCAAGAAGGCCGCUGGUGAUGUUUCCCAAGCCGCCCACCCUGAGGGCUCCCGAGACCCCGCCCAGGUCGCAGAUCAGGGCGCGUAUGAGGCUCAGACAGGCCAGCCUGCCGGUCUCGAUGCGGAUGCUGCUGCUCGUCAAGCCAAACAGCAAGUUGACGCGAACGUGCCUGAAGAGGAGAAGGAGCGCGUGCGCAACCAGCGUCAGCGUAUGAACAACUACUUGAAGGGAAAGAUGCCUACAGAGCGUCGUGAGCAGACCAUCUGGCGCUUGAAAAAAAUGAUUGUCGAAAUCCAGGGUCACCAGGACUACCAGGGUGCGAUUGAGACUCUUCUCCGUUUGGCCGAACAGUAUGCUGGCCACGGAAAGGGUAUUGCCGCCUCCGGAAAACAAAAUGUGCAAGGUGCGCACCAGGAUGACGCUCUUCAAUUGGCUGAAGCUGACCUCAAGACCCUAUUCGAACGUUUCGCCAACAGCACCUCCUUCGACGACUUGAUCGAGUCGAUCAAUCAAAUCUACAAGGAUGCCGAGCGCGAUCCCGACCUCAAGAAUUGGUUCAAGCAGAUGGACUCGUAUAUCCGCAAGUGCCUCCAGCAGCAGGGUUACAUUCUCGAGGACCGUUCAAACGAAGAAUGGAAUGCUCUCUACGACCAAGGUCAUCAGCUGCUCCGCGGUCGCUACCGCGCGCACACUGAUCGCAUUGCCGACGAGUUCAAGUUCAUCGGCCAGCAAUUUGAUGCCGACCCUCAAAACAAGGCUUUUGCCGAUUCUCUUACCAAAUUGUUCAACGACUUGGGUCACGAUGAGAAUGGAAAGACCGUCUUCAAGCCUCACUUGAUCAAGGACCUUACCGAUGUCAUUAUGCCUGCUUUCUUUGAAAACAUCCGCUACGUCCCUAUUCCUCGUAUCGAGUAUAGCGACCCUAUGGUUGACGCUGUCGUCGAAAACCUCGUCAUCGAAGGUGACAACCUCGCUCCAAACGCCAUUGAGUUUGGGUCAGACAACUACUGGCGAUGGGGCCGCAAGCACAUCUCGAGCAGGAACAAGAACAAGGUCAUGCUCUCAGUAUCUGGUAUUCAGAUGGACAUCAAGGAUGUUUCCUACUACGUGAAGAGGAAGCAAGGUUUCCCCUCCAUCACUGACAAGGGUGUGAUGGACGUUUUCAUGGGAGGUUCUGGUUUCAGCUUCAAGGUUGAGAUGGAGAAUGCCGACAAGGAUGACAACAUCCAUUACUUCAAGAUCAACAGCAUCUCCACCGAUAUCCAGAACCUUUCCAUCAAGGUCAAGAAGAGCAACCACAAGCUUCUUUUCAGCAUGUUCAAGCCCCUCUUGCUCAAGGUCAUGCGUCCAGUCAUUCAACGUGUCUUGGAAAAGCAAAUCAAGGACAACGUCAACCAACUGGAUGCUCUACUUUACGACAUCAAGAAGGAGGCAGAAAAGGCCGAGGAGAGCGCCAAGCGCAACCCUGACCCCCAGAACAUCCAGAACAUCUACCAGCGUUAUGCUUCUGCUGCCAACCAGCGUAUCAUGCAAGGCAAGCAGAAGGCAGCUCAUGCCCAGCAGCGCGCCAAAGAUACUCAUGUCAACAUGGCAGUCACCCAGCAUGACAGCAUGUUCAAGAACAUUUCCCUUCCUGGGGGUAUCAGCAGCAAGGCAACCGAGUACAAGGAUCUGGCCGCUAAGGGCGACAAGUGGGAGAGCCCCGUGUUCAGCAUCGGCUCCGCGAAGGAAUCCUCGAGUGUGCCCAAGAUCGCUGCCGUUACACGCAAGCCACACGGUCGUCCUGAGGGUUACCACUCUGAGCCCCACACUGGUGCAGGUGCUGGAACUGGUGCUGGCUAUGGCGCCACCACUGGCCAAGGAUUCGCUGAUCAGAUGGAUGGAGCCUUCAACCCCAACGGUGGCUUGGGUGCUCAAACUACUCUGCCGCUUCAGCAGGGUGGUGCUCCAGGCUCUGUUAACCCUGCCAACCCUGGCCUUCCCGGUCAAGGACAGCAGCAAUUCCAAACCCAGCUCGGGUUGGACAACCCUGUCCUCCGCGGCGACGUGUAA